AUGGAAAAAUGGCAGAACAAGGCGACGUCUACGGCGACUAUGGUGACUCUAACAAAUGGACAGUGUCAAACUCUCUCUCCAUUCACUUUUAGCAGUUUUCUCCUAGCUAAUUUCCAGAUAAUUCAGGAGAAGGAAGAGCUGGAAGAUGAAAUUGAAAAAGGGGAGGGUAAAGAAAUUAAACUGGUAUACAGUCCACCUAAUCAACGGGAUGAACAAAUGGUAGUGGAAUUAACAACGGAAGACAUCAAAGCAGCUGAUGAACACUGGUCCACUGCUCUUAUUGUUUAUGUAUUGGGUGAUACUCCAUAUGAGAAAUCCAUGGAUAAUUUUGUGAAAAAUGUAUGGAACUUUGUAAAGAAGUCCCAAAUUCUCUACCACAAUGAAGGGUACUAUGUCUUUCAAUUUGAAACAGUAGGGGAUCGAGCUGAGGUACUUCAAAAGGGGCUAUAUACAUAUCAUAAUAAACCAUUUAUAUUAAAACCUUUGGUGGUAAACUUUGUGUUUGAUGUAGAAUCCAUCACAACACUUCCGCUGUGGGUGAACUUCCAUGAGUUACCAGUAGGGUAUUGGUCGCAAGAAGAUUUAAGCAAGGUGGCUAGUGCUUUAGGAAAGCCAUUGAACAGUGACAAAUAUACUCUUGACAUGACAAGAAUUUACUAUGCACGGUUCUUGAUAGAGAUGGAUAUAUCCCACCCAAUGGUUGAUAUGAUUGUCAUAGAAACCAUAUGGAUCAAUUGA